AUCAAAGUUCCAGAGUUGCAGCUUCUAUGGGAUGUUGAGACCCGAUGGGAUUCAGUAUAUUUCAUGAUUAAUCAUUUGCGGGAGAUGCAUCCAGCUGUAGAUUUCUUUCUUUCUUCCUCGGAUCAACCAGAUGUUGUGAAAUGCAAGAUAAAUACCAUGGAAUGGUUUGUUCUCAAGGACUUUGAGGAAAUUCUGGGAGUACCUCAUGUGGUUCAACAGACUAUGUCUAGUGAGAGCCUUCCCAAGCUAGGCAGUACUAUACCAAACUUUGAGCUGUUCAUGACAGCAUGGGAGAGGCUGGCCAAAAAAACACCUCGCCUG